UAUUUUUACCUUAGAAGAAAAGAUGGCCUUGUUCCUCUAUGUCUUGGCACAUGACCUGAAAGUACGAAAACUUAAGUUCAAUUUCUUUAGGUCCGGAGAGACUGUAAGUCGACAUUUCAAUGAUGUCCUAAAAGUUAUAUUGUGCCUUCAAGGCCGCUUACUUAGGACACCAAAUCCCAUAACACAAGCAUGCACUGAUCCAAGGUGGAAUUGCUUCCAGAAUUGUCUUGGAGCACUUGAUGGAACCUAUAUUAAAGUUCGUGUACCAGUGGUUUACCAAGCACGAUAUAGAACGCGGAAGGGGGAGAUUGCUACCAAUGUUCUAGGAGUUUGCUCUUAGGACAUGAACUUCAUAUAUGUGUUGCCGGGGUGGGAAGGGUCAGCUGCAGACUCUAGGGUUUUGAGGGAUGCAAUUAAUCGACCCAAUGGGUUAAGAAUUCCAACUGGGUACUACUACCUAGUAGAUGCCGGGUAUACAAAUGGACAAGGAUUCCUAGCACCUUAUCGGGGCCAACGCUACCAUUUGUCUGUUUGGAGAGCAGGGGCCACUCCAACUAAUUAUCAAGAAUUUUUUAAUAUGAAACAUGCAUCAGCCCGAAAUGUCAUAGAAAGGUGUUUUGGUUUGUUGAAAAUAAGAUGGGCAAUACUUCGUUGUGCAUCAUACUACCCCAUUAGAACUCAAAAUCGUAUAAUCACAGCAUGUUGUUUGUUACACAACCUUAUUCGUCGAGAGAUGCCGGUUGACCCAAUAGAAGAGAGGCUAAAUAAUGACAUAGAAGAUCAACCUCAAUUGGGAGAUGAUUUUGUUGACACCGUUGAGACAUCUAAUGAGUGGACUGGGUGGCGGGAUACACUUGUAAUGCAACUAUAUAACAAUUGGUUGGCUAGUAGGAAGGCAUGACAAGGAUAGUUUCAAUAUUUGUAAAAGUACUUGCUACAAGUAUGAUGUAGUUUCAUUUGAUUUGUAAUUGGAACUUGUAUUAGCUUGUGGAUGUUGAACCAUGUUUUGCAAAAAUUGUAUGGUUUUUGUUGGUGAUUGCAUAUUCUUUAAGUGACGAUAUUUUUUUUUCUCAUGGAUUUGUUACAUGCAUGUAUGGGUUUGAAAUUUUUUGAUUAUUGAAAUCCAUUUAUGUAUUGACUUGUUUUGGCACAUUAACAGGUUGAUAAUUAUAUA